AUGGAUUUGGGGUAUCGGAACAUACUGGCACCGGAUGGGCCGCAUUACUCAAUCCCGCCGAGCGACUUUCGGUCCCCCACACUACCCCGGCCACCCCCGGUGAUCGAUUUCAUGCAGAGAAGCUCGGAGUCUUGCGAUAUGGAGAAGACCCCGCCUGUCACAGGCAAGCGCCGGGGUGGCAGCCGAAAAGCCUGUAAUGAAUGUAAGCAGCAAAAGCUGAGAUGCGAUAUUGUUCAAACGCCCGCCGCGGCCUGUUCGCGUUGUCGCAGGCUUGGGAUUGACUGUAAAGUUGAACAGUCCUUCAAACGUAUUUCCAAGAGAAGGCGCAAUGCUGAAAUGGAAAAGGAGAUUGCCGAUCUCCGGCGCCGCCUGGGACCCAAUUCAGAUCAUGAGCAAGGUGUAGAGCCUCAUGAAUCUCACGGAGGCGAUGGAAUGUCCCAUUGCUCAGAGGAUGUCUUUGCUCGCCGUGACUCGGCCGCGAUUGACCCAUCUCGGCAUGUUUCGGUACCGCUUGACACUCACUCAUCUAUAGCAACUCCUUUGACUAUGAAAAGGGAUGGUUCCAUUAUAUCACAGGACGAGGGCCAGUGGAGACUUGAAGAUGUUUGUCUCUCCAGAGCCCGAGUUCUUCGACUAUACGAACAAUACUUUACUUAUUAUCACCCCUUUCUUCCCCUUUUGAACCCACCCAAGCCCCCAGAAGUGUAUCUCAACCGAUGCCCUCUUUUGGCGUGGACUAUGAUCUGUGUUGCGAGUCGACGGUCUCAAUAUGAGCCUGGGCUCCUGAGCGCGCUGUCCGGGCCAUUUAGCAGGCUGCUUUGGUCCACCAUCACCAGUGUUCCACAGGACUACCGUGUGGUCAAGGCCCUUUGCGUUUUGUGUACAUGGCCUCUUCCGACUACAAGCCAGCGCACCGAUGCAACUUUUAUGCUCAGUGGUUUGAUGAUGCAGAUUGCCAUGCAACUUGGACUACAUCGUCCAGUUCAAGCAGAAGAAUUCACCACAUUCCGCAUGGAAGUUCAGGGUGAAGCCUUAAAGGAUCGAUUACAUACGUGGGUCAUUUGCAACAUCGUGGCUCAAAACGUUGCAACUGGUUAUGGUCAGCCACCGAGCACAAUAUAUGACUGGGCUCUUGAGCCUGCUUCUUUGAGGGAUGCCGACUACCGGCUUCCGGAUGAUCUGGCCAUUCGGUUGCGUAUCGAAAAGUUCUGCGACCGGGUGACCAAGGCAUUAUACAGUAGCAAGCCCGACCCUGCGGACUUUAUUGGUGCCGACAAGCUCGUGGUCGUGCAGGUUUUGGAAAGUGAACUUAGAGACAUGGAUGUCGAGUUUGACGGAAAAAUCUCCGCCAUCAACACGAUCCAUCUCCGUGCUGCAGAAUUGCACUUCCGAUACUUCAUGUUCUUGGGGUCCACUGCACGAAGUGACGAUCUGAUCAAACUUUUCCUUGCAACAACCUCCUUCCUUGGCCGAGUAUUAGAUCUCGAAACCUCGCCAGGUGAAUUGAUCGGCCACUCCACUAACUAUAUUCUUCAAAUGAUUGUGUCGGCUGCUUUCGCUCUCAUGAAGUUGUUGAAGAGCAGCUUUAGCCGACAUCUUGAUUUCAAUCAUGGCAAGCUUCUGUUUAACGGUGCGAUCUCAGCGAUUCGCCGAAUCAGUGUCAUGGAUCACGACCGUCCCAUUCGUCUUGCAGAUAUCCUCGCUCAGAUGUGGAAUGCUACGAGCCUAGAGCCCGCCGAAGAAGAUGCUCUACAGCUCAAAGUCCGCUGUCGCAUGAGCAUGAGCCAUGUCUACGAUACGGUUUGGCGCUGGCGACAGCGGUUCCGACCGGUCAAAAGCCUUGAGGAAAUGCAAGCCGCUGCCAUAGCAGCGAACCAAGAUAUACUAGGCCCGGCAGGACACAUGACGCGGCAACAACAGGAUAGCUCCCUAGAGGACCAAUCCAUGAUGAUGCCCGCUCAGUUUGAUGAAGGCGGAGCAUUUUUCAGCGAAUCUGGGUUCUCCGAGGUCUUUGAUUCUCUUAAUUGGGUUUUCGAUGGCAUUCCCGACUCUUUCGUCGCACCUCCGCGACGAUACCAGAAUAAAAGUCCACUUGUGUGGCUGAACCCGCCAUUACGUCUUAACCCCAAGAAUCCUGGACAGCCCUGUUCAGGACAUUCCUAUAGGUUCAACGUUUCGGCCCAAGUGAAACUAAGAAAAGGCAGGCUGCAGCAUUAUUCCGUGGCCCGUGAGGCUUUCCGUCCCCCCCUCCCUCUAUUGAACUCCUCUUUCUUGACAUUCACUCAAGUCAAGAACGUUCCCAUGUCGGAUCAAGCCCUACACGACUCCACAGCGCUACCGACGCUCUCCGAUGCGCCUCCGUCGAGUGCCGGUCGCUCAUCCCCUAGCCAUGGGGGCGAGCAGACCCAGGCCCACGAAGCCAUCUCAGACGAGCUGAAAGCCCGCCUGGACAAAAUUAUCUACUCUGAUAUCGGCAUAACCACUCUCCUGACUCGGUUGAAGCAAAGCGUGGCCUCCGCCAAGGAUUUCUCAACCUUCUUGAAAAAGCGAGGAGCCCUCGAAGAAGAGCACGCUCAAGGGCUGAGAAAACUGUCCCGCGUGAUCAACGAUGCGUCGCAACGCUCCGAGAACCGACAAGGGACAUACAGUUCCAGCUACAAAGAUAUCCACCGAAUCCAGGAGCGCAUGGUGGACCAUGGCCUCCAAUUCGCCGUUUCCCUCCAUCAGAUGUCCGAUGAUUUGCACGAGCUCGCCGCCAACAUCGAGCGCGGCCGCAAACAGUGGAAACAGACGGGGUUAGCUGCGGAGAAGAGGGUUGUUGAUGCAGAAUCGCUGGCGGAGAAGGCAAAGGCCAAGUACGAGUCAUUAGCAGAGCAGUAUGAUCGGGUUCGCACGGGAGACAAGCAGGGUGGAAAGUUCGGUCUCAAGGGCCACAAGUCCGCGGCGCAGCACGAGGAAGAGUUGCUGCGUAAGGUCCAAACCGCGGAUAGCGAUUAUGGGUCUAAGGUUCAGGCUGCUCAGGCGGCGCGCCAGGAGCUAGUAUCUACCCAUCGACCUCAGGCUGUGCAUAAUCUUCAGCAGUUGAUCGCUGAGUGUGACUCGGGCUUGACCCUGCAACAGCAGAAGUUUGCCACUUUUAAUGAGAAACUGCUCCUGGGCCAAGGUCUUUGCGUCAGCCCUUUGAAGACCGAUGCGAGCAAUGGGCCAUUGGCACCUAAGAGCCUCGCCGAUGUUGUUCGCCAAGUCGAUAACCAAAGAGAUCUCCAUGAGUUUAUUCUAAGCCAUGAAGGUAACCCGGGAGCUGUUGCUUCAGAACAGGUCAAAUAUGAGCGCCAUCCUACACUCGGCGGUGCUGGGGCUGUUUCUUCUGCUUCUGCUCUUGCUCCUGCUGCGGCACCUUCGCAACCAAGCACUCAAAAUAAGCGCGUAUCGAUCAUGCCGCAGACAUUCACCUCGACUAAUGCCUCUUCGCCAGCGCUUCAGCCACCGCAUAGCGGUGAACGAUUGCCGCAGUCACCUUAUCCCCCGGAGAAGCCCUUCACUCCGCCUCCAGCCAGCACACCUCCCUACCCAGUCUCAGGGCCGCCUGCUCCGGAACCCGCUCCUAAAGUUCAGGUGCCAGUGGCAGGGCCUCCCCCAAUGGACAGGAAUUUCCAAUCGAAUCUCCCUCCGCUGAAGCCGGUGUUUGGUGUCUCGCUGAACGACCUGUACGCCCGUGAUGGAACGGCAGUUCCAUUCAUUGUGUACCAGUGCUUCCAAGCAGUCGAGUUGUUCGGUCUGGAUAUGGAGGGCAUCUAUCGACUCUCAGGUAGUGCCAAUCACAUCAGUCACAUGAAGGCUGUGUUCGACAAUGACUCAUCGCAAGUCGACUUCACAAAUCCGGAGAACUUUUACCAUGAUGUCAACAGUGUUGCAGGACUUGUAAAGCAAUUCUUCAGGGAUCUACCCGACCCUCUGUUCACCACUCAAUUCUACCAACAAUUUGUUGACGCCGCUCGCUUCGAUGAUGACAUUCAACGCCGAGACUCAAUGCACGCCCUUAUUAACAGUCUACCUGAUGCCCACUAUGCUACUCUUCGGGCGAUCAUUCUGCAUCUCAACAAGAUCCAAGAACACUAUACCCAGAACCGCAUGAACGCGGGCAAUCUAGCCAUUUGCUUCGGCCCAACCCUCAUGGGCGCCAAUACCGGUGGAAACAUCGCCGACGCUGGGUGGCAGGUCCGUGUUGUUGAGACGAUCCUUAACAACACAUUCCAGAUCUUCGACGAUGAUUGA